AGAACACACAUUCUUUUAAUGCGUUUUGUUUGUUCGUUUGUACAUGCUACCCAAGUUGAAGUUACAGAGUUUAUUAUUGAAAGGCUUUUUCCAUUCACAAUAAGACAUGGCGGAAGAUCUGGUUGACAAUUUGAAUACAUACAACGAACAGCUGAAACAGGUAGAGGCUGCUCUCACAAAUAAUCCGUCAGAUGAUGAAUUGUUGAAGUUGAAGAAGGAUUUGCUAGAGGUUAUUGAGCUCACGACGGAUCUUAUCCGCGCUCAAGCUCCGGGUUCUUCGACGUCGCAAGAUUCCUCUGAGGUUCAGGAGCCGAUCCGCGACUGGGAGGUCGGCGACAAAUGCUCAGCCAUCUGGUCGGAGGAUGGACAGUACUACAACGCGCUGGUGGACGAGGUGACCUCGGACGGACAGGUGAUGAUCCACUUUGUCGGCUUCAAGACGGCCGAGGUGACGCGGCUGGCGCUGCUCCGCGACCCGCUGCCCGAGCAGCCCAAGGCCGAGGACGGCGCCGAGACCUCCAAGUCAGGGCGGAAGACAAACCGUAACCAGCAAGAGUACUUGAAGCGCAAGAAGCAGAAGAAGGUACAGCGUUUUAAGGAGAUGGAGGAGGUUCGCGAACAAGAGAAGAGCAAGUGGCAACAGUUCAACACCAAGGUAAGCAAGAAGAAGAAUAUCAAAGGCUACACCAAGUCGUCCAUCUUCAAAACGCCGGAGGCUGUGAACGGCAAAGUGGGCGUCGGAACAUGUGGCAUCGGAGGCAGGCCAAUGACCUCUUACACCACAGCGGACAAGUGGAAACGCGGCGUCUAGCAAAGCUUAGAUGCGUGUGUGGCUGGUGCUCUCGCAAAGAACCUGUCCGUUGCCGCGAUGUCGCGUUGACAUCUCACGGACUGGAUCGGACGAUCGCACCUAUCCUCAAGGAUCUCCACAUCAGUUCGGCCGCGGCUGCAGUGAGUUUCCCUGCGCUGCUUCUCGUCAAACUGAUGGGUCAGAUACGUGAGUGGGUGCUGCUGACGACCCGAGAUGCCUGGCGCUGGAGCCAGGCACGCUGGUUGGGACCUCCUGCUGACCGUUCCGUGUGUCUGUGCGAGCCGUUGCACGGAUUUGUGGUGUGCUGGGGACGCGCGAGUCAUCGUUGCCCAUGUCGUGUGGACGUGACCGAUUCGAAAGUUGCGCCUGUGCUUGGAUGUGUAAGGUGUGUAUCUAAGAGCUAGGAAUUGUGUGCUUGCCUAUGUAUGCAUGUGGAUGUGUGUUGCUGCUGAAGUCGGUGAAUUAAUUGAGAUUCUCUCUUUGUGGGUCGUUGAAUGUUUUCUCCUUGUUUUCAUACUGGAGACAGCAGAAGUCAUAUAAUUGACGUGUGUGCUCUACUCUUUCGAAUGUAUGACGAUGUGUACAAAAUUAAAUACAAAUGAUCCGUUACUUUU